GGAGGAGAUGCUUCAGAGAGAGGAAGCCGAGAGCACCCUGCAAUCUUUCAGACAGGAUGUUGACAACGCUUCUUUGGCACGUCUUGACCUUGAGCGCAAAGUGGAAUCCUUGCAGGAAGAGAUUGCCUUUUUGAAGAAACUACAUGAUGAGGAAAUCCAGGAGCUACAGGCUCAGAUCCAGGACCAGCACGUCCAAAUCGACGUGGAUGUUUCCAAGCCUGACCUCACCGCUGCCCUGCGGGAUGUGCGCCAGCAAUAUGAAAGCGUGGCUGCCAAGAACCUUCAGGAGGCCGAAGAAUGGUACAAGUCCAAGUUUGCUGACCUCUCUGAGGCUGCUAACCGGAACAAUGAUGCCCUGCGCCAGGCGAAGCAGGAAUCAAAUGAGUACCGGAGACAGGUCCAGUCCCUCACCUGCGAAGUGGACGCCCUCAAAGGGACCAACGAGUCUCUGGAACGCCAGAUGCGUGAAAUGGAAGAGAACUUUGCCGUCGAAGCUGCUAACUACCAAGACACUAUUGGCCGCCUGCAGGAUGAGAUUCAGAACAUGAAGGAGGAAAUGGCUCGUCACCUUCGCGAAUACCAAGACCUGCUGAAUGUUAAGAUGGCUCUUGACAUUGAGAUCGCCACCUACAGGAAGCUGCUGGAAGGCGAGGAGAGCAGGAUUGCUCUGCCUCUUCCCAACUUUUCUUCCCUGAACCUGAGGGAAACCAAUCUGGAUUCACUUCCUCUGGUUGACACUCACUCAAAAAGAACACUUCUGAUUAAGACGGUCGAAACCAGAGAUGGACAGGUUAUCAAUGAAACUUCUCAGCAUCACGAUGACCUUGAGUGAAGAUUGCACAGACUCGGUGCAGCAAUAUAUUACCAGCAAGAAUAAAAAAAAAAAAAAAGAAAUCCAUAUCUUAAAGAAACAGCUUUCAAGUGCCUUUCUGCAGUUUUUCAGGAGCGCAAGAUAGAUUUGGAAUAGGAAUAACCUUUAGUUCUUAAGAACCAACACUCUUAAAAGAUUUAGAGAAAAGUUUACAAACAUAAUCUAGUUUACGAAGAAAACUUGUGCUAGGAUACUUUUUAAAAAGUAUUUUUGAAUACCAUUAAAACUGCUUUUUUCCAACAAGUGUCUGACCAACUUGUUUCUGCUUCAAUAAAUCUUUGGAAAACUC